AUAACCAGCAUUUAAAAAAUAUUUAGACUAAUCAAGUAAACCUUUAUUUUAAUAAUGAUUGAAAAGGUAAAAGUAGUACAUGGUGGACUGAGAGAGGAGAGAGAUAAAAAAAAGGAGGAGGCUUUGCUUGAAACACUCUAUCCCCCACAAGAAACCCCCAUCUCGUCUUCUUCCCCUUGAAACUGCUAAUCUCAAAGGCUGCUUUAUCAAGGAAUGACGUAGGUAGAAGGGUUUGCAUCGAAUCUCUGUUUAUAGACACUUGACUUAAAACAAGUUUGGAACUUUAUGGCGGCGCUACAACAUGUUUGCGAGAACCACCUUCAAGCAAAGACCUUUUGCAGCCAGGUGAGGAUCAAUUGGGACGACUUAGUUUGUCCCAUUUGCUUAGACUCCCCUCACAACGGCGUGCUUCUCCAGUGCUCAUCUUACGACAACGGAUGCCGUGCGUUCGUCUGCAACACAGACCACCUUCACUCCAACUGUCUGGACCGUUUCAUCACCGCAUACGGAACAGACCCACCACCUCCUCCUCCUGAUGAGCCAAGGUCAAAGGUCUUAGAAGAGAGUUGCAAACCUUUGUGUCCACUCUGCAGAGGAGAAGUCACCGGGUGGGUCAUUGUGGAAGAAGCUCGUCUCCGUCUUGACGAGAAACAACGUUGCUGCGAGGAAGAACGGUGCAGGUUCACGGGUACUUACACGGAGCUUCGCAAGCACGCUCAGUCAGAGCAUCCGGACUCUCGUCCUUCCAAGAUCGAUCCCGCGAGGAAGCUCGACUGGGAGAAUUUCCAGCAGUCGUCUGAGAUCAUCGACGUGUUGAGCACGAUUCACUCGGAGGUUCCGAGAGGAGUUGUUUUAGGAGACUAUGUGAUUGAGUAUGGAGAUGAUGAUACUGGAGAUGAGUUUGAGGAUGUGGCUGGCAAUGAAGGAAGCUGGUGGACAUCUUGUAUAUUUUACAAGAUGUUUGAUAAUAUAAGGAAUGCGAGGAACAGAAGAAGAGCAAGGAGAGGAGGGAGUAGCCGUUCUAGCUAUGAUAACUCCAACUCUGAUGACAGCUCGGUUGCGUCGAUUGAGUUCCCGGAGUAUAGAGUAGAUGAGAUUGAUGAUGAGUUCAUCACCACUACAAGUGGAGUUAACAGAAGUAACUCUGUGCAUCAAAGGUUAAGAAGACAUCGUUCCCGUUUCUAUGAAAAUUAGAUUGAAGCAGACCAGCCUAUUCGUAGUCAAUGGUGGAUGUUCUUGGUUUUGGACCUCUCUCUCUCUUCCUUUCUUUUGUGGCAGUAGCAUUCUUGUACAAAAACGUAAACAGAAAAAGUUUUUUUUUGGAUAUUGUACCGUGUUUCGUCUCUUACAUUCGUCUUUCAACAAUGAAGAUAUAUAUUUUGACCCAAAAAAAGAAAAAUAUUUUGAGA